UAUCUUGAGACACGACCCUUUCUCGAAUCCUGCCUAAACAUGGAUGCUUCGUGGCCUUUUUUUAAAAAAAAAAAUUAUGCUGUGUUGUAUUUGAACUGAUCGAUUCUUUCAACUUUGACUAAUUUCUAAUUUCAAUUUUUUUUAACUUUAAAACUCUUACAAGUUACAUCUCACAUUUUCCUUUCGUCUAAUAUCGUCCAUAAAUACCUGCUUCUUCAUUAGUCAGAAUCAGACCAUUCUUUCAUCUUUACUCUUUGAGUUCAAACCAGUAACUAAAAGAUCAAGAAAUGGAUUCCAUUAGAAUUCAUGGACAAGACAAGCCUCAUGCAGUUUGCAUUCCAUAUCCUUGUCAAGGUCAUAUUAACCCUAUGUUAAAGUUAGCCAAAAUCCUCCAUCACAAAGGCUUUCAUAUCACUUUUGUCAACACUGAAUACAACCAUAGGCGUCUCCUUAAGUCCCGAGGCCCUGAUUCCCUCAACGGUUUUCCAUCCUUUCGUUUCGAGACAAUUCCCGAUGGCCUCCCGCCGUGUGAUGCAGAUGCAACUCAAGAUAUUCCUUCUCUAUGCGAAUCCACAACCACUACUUGUUUAGGUCCUUUCAAAGAGUUGCUCGCCAAGCUCAAUACUACUUCUUCAUCUAACGUGCCACGCGUUUCGUGCAUUGUCUCUGAUGGUUGUAUGAGCUUCACUCUUGAUGCUGCUCAAGAUUUGGGCAUACCUGAAGUUCUGUUUUGGACCCCUAGUGCUUGUGGUUCGUUGGGUUACAUGCAUUACCGUGACCUUUCUGAAAAAGGAUAUUUUCCACUUAAAGAUGCAAGUGACUUGACAAAUGGAUAUUUGGAGACGGCUUUGGAUUGGAUACCAAGCAUGAAAGGUAUACGUUUAAGGGAUUUACCAAGUUUCUUGAGAAGUACAAAUCCAGAUGAAUAUAUGUUCAAGUUCCUUGUCCAAGAAACAGAUAGAAGCAAAUUUGCUUCUGCUAUUGUAAUCAAUACAUUUGAGCGAUUAGAGAAGGAAGUUCUUGAAUCACUUCGGACCCUUCUUCCUCCGAUUUAUGCAAUUGGGCCCUUGCAUUUUCUUGUAAAACAUAUUGAGGACAAGAAUUUGGAGUGCUUGGGAUCCAAUCUUUGGAAAGAGGAUGUACAGUGUCUAGACUGGCUAGAUUCCAAGAAACCAAAUUCUGUUGUUUAUGUUAAUUUCGGAAGCAUAACUGUAAUGACUCCGAACCAACUUAUUGAAUUCGCUUGGGGACUUGCCAAUAGCCAAAUGGAAUUUUUGUGGAUUAUAAGGCCUGAUAUUGUAUCAGGGGAACAAGCAAUUCUUCCACCCGAAUUCGUGGGAGAAACUAAAGAAAGAGGGAUGUUAGCAAGUUGGUGCCCCCAAGAACAAGUACUUAGCCACCCUGCAAUCGGAGGUUUUUUGACUCACAGUGGAUGGAAUUCGACUCUUGAAAGUAUUGGCAGUGGGGUACCAAUGAUUUGCUGGCCAUUCUUCGCCGAACAACAAACUAAUUGUUGGUUUAAAGGCACCCAAUGGGGAAUAGGAAUGGAAAUUGACAAUAAUGUGAAGAGGGACGAAGUUGAAAGCCUUGUGAGAGAGUUGAUGGCCGGAGAGAAAGGCAAAGAAAUGAAGAAAAAGGCAAUGGAAUGGAAGAAAUUGGCCGAGGAAGCUACUCAAAAACCAGAAGGAUCAUCUUUUGUGGCAAUAGAUAAAUUGAUCAACGAAAUUCUCCUCAAACACUAAGCUUUAAUUUAUCAAUAAGUGGUUGAUUUUUAUCUUUUCUUAUGUUGAGAUCUUGUCAGUGCCUUUAAUUAUUGUUGCUCUUUUUUCAA